GCCAGGGCGCAUGCUCUCGGUAGCUCACAGCAGCCAGAGCCGGGGGCUUAGUUUAAUAAGGAGCGAGCGAGCGACAGACAAGGAAGAAGGCGACGGCGGCAGUAGUAGUAGUAUCAGCAGGCGGAAAAAAUAAAAAUAACGAGCCACAGGGCGAAAGCGAGAGAAUGUCCGCCAUGGGCUUUCCUUUCCUGUGCGCAUUCUCCGUUUCUUCAUGAAUUAGAGCUGAAAGGGUGGGGGCGGGGAGAGCUGAAGACACCCCAAGGCCCCCAGGCAUGGCCAAUUCGUGCGCAGUUCAGGUGAAACUGGAGCUUGGCCAUCGAGCCCAGGUGAGGAAGAAACCCACCGUGGAGGGUUUUACUCACGACUGGAUGGUGUUUGUUAGAGGACCAGAGCAUAGUAACAUUCAGCACUUUGUGGAGAAAGUCGUUUUUCACUUGCAUGACAGCUUCCCUAGGCCAAAAAGAGUGUGCAAAGAUCCACCGUACAAAGUUGAGGAAUCUGGGUAUGCUGGUUUUAUUUUGCCAAUAGAGGUUUACUUCAAGAACAAGGAAGAACCGAAGAAAGUCCGCUUUGAUUAUGAUCUCUUCCUGCACCUGGAAGGACACCCACCUGUAAACCAUCUUCGCUGUGAAAAGCUUACUUUCAACAACCCAACAGAAGAGUUCAGAAGAAAGCUGCUUAAAGCAGGCGGGAUAAUGGUUAUGUCAGAUGGAACAUCAGCUGCUUCAGGGCAAAGUCUUCAUCUCCCUAAUCUUCCCACUAAUUCCCUGUCUUUUUCUGAAGUGAAGAAGAAAUCAUCUCAUGGGCCAAAGGAGCUGAGCAAGAGUGUAAGCACUAGUAGCAGCAGCAGUAGUAGUAACAGUUUUUCAAAGCCCCAUAAAUUAACAAAAGAGCACAAGGAAAAAUCUUCAAAAGACUCAAAAGAACAUAAAAGUGCCUUCAAAGAACCUUCCAGGGAACACAACAAAUCUUCCAAAGAAUCCUCUAAAAAACCCAAAGAAAAUAAACCACUAAAGGAUGAAAAAAUUGUUCCUAAGAUGGCCUUCAAGGAGCCCAAACCUAUGUCAAAGGAGCCAAAAUCAGAAAACAACAUACUUGCCAUAACCGGUGGACAGCAACAAGAAAAGAAGGCUGCCUCCAAAAGGCCUCCUGGCCUGGAUUCUGAGGAUAUUGCAGCCAAAAAGAAGAAAAAAAGUGGAUCUGAGGCUUUAUUUAAAAGUUUUUCUAACGCUCCUCCGCUGAUACUUACUUGCUCCAGUGUGGACAAAAAACAGACAAAGGAUAAAUCUCAGUUUAAAAUGGGGAAGGUUAAAAUGGAACAUGAGCCGCUGGAGAAAAAGAAAAAUACGUUACCACCAUUUGAUGAUAUUGUGGACCCUAAUGAUUCUGAUAUGGAGGAGAACGUGUCUUCAAAAUCAGAAUCUGAGCAACCCAGCCCUGCAAGUUCAAGUUCCAGCUCUGGCUCCAGUUUCACACCAUCUCAGAACAGUCGACAGCAAGGUCCUUUGAGGUCUAUAAUGAAAGAUCUGCAUUCUGAUGAUAAUGAAGAUGAAUCUGAUGAAGCAGAUGAGAAUGACAAUGACUCUGAGAUGGAAAGACCUAUAAAUACUCAUGGAGGAAGUAGAGUGCGCAGGGUUAGUCUAAGUGAUGGAAGUGACAGUGACAGCAGUUCUGCAUCUUCACCUCUACACCAUGAACCUCCACCUUUAUUAAAAACCAACAAUAACCAGAUUCUGGAAGUAAAGAGUCCUAUAAAACAAAGUAAAUCUGAAAAACAGAUUAAGAAUGGUGAUUGUGAUAAGGCAUAUCUUGAUGAAUUAGUUGAGCUUCACAGAAGGUUAAUGACUCUAAGAGAAAGACAUAUACUGCAACAGAUUGUAAAUCUUAUAGAAGAAACAGGACAUUUUCACAUCACAAACACUACCUUUGACUUUGACCUUUGCUCACUGGACAAAACCACAGUUAGAAAAUUACAGAGUUACCUGGAAACAUCUGGAGCAUCCUGAGGACGUCAGUUGUGGCUGCAUCAAAAACUGUGCUCUUUUUUUUUUAAUGGGAAAAAAAAGAAAUAAAACACUCAGAAUGAUGCAGCCAUGGUGCAAAACCUCCAACAACUCUCUUCAGCUUUAUUUUUUUGUUAAAGCCAGUUCAUCAUCUCUUGAUAAAGGAGAAGAAAAAUGACAAGCCUCAGCAAAUUGCUCUUCUCACCAAGGAAAUGCUCUGGAAGAAUUAGCCUGGAUAGCCUUGAAAAAAAAAACACUUAAUGAAUGUGUAUGGUAUCAUGUGUCUCUCUGUGGUACUCCAGGCCACAAGAUAAAUGCAUGUUCAACACACUGCCUUAUUACAUAACUGAUCUAUUUAUUACUGCAUAUGCAUAUUCUAACGUCCUUGAGGGAAUGACACUACCAGACGCUACAAUGUCCUGUGUCUCAUGAAUGCUCCUUGGAUCCAGCACACCACCAUCACAGGCCUUCUGACCUUACUCUUGCUUUGAUGCCACUUUGUAUUGACCUUUUGCUAGUAUGAUGUGAAAACCCCCUGCAUUGUUUGGUUUCUAUUUCUGUGAGUUCCCCCAAACAAGAUACCAAUUUGGGGCAAGGGCAGAAAAGUCUCAUCUCCAUCUUGUUUUUUUUAAAUGUUCAGUCUGCUGCAGCAGGAUGGGCCCCCAAGCUAUAAUUACAUAUUCAUCUUGGUUCACGGUU